AUGGGGCCGCAAAAGAGGCCGUCGAACGAGUAUGAGCUGGAGAAGAAGAGCUCUGCUCUAACCAAGAUCGUCUCUGCACCCGAUCUCAAAGCCGGAGAGAUCAAAGACCUCGACCAGGCAGAGAUCUUCUUGCAGGACAAUGGUAUCAGUCACGAUGACCUCCAGGCGAUGCUCCAGGAUAAGGAGGGCAUCAAGAAGUUGGUUCGGCGUGUUGACUGGAUGCUGAUGCCUUUAUUGUGUGGGACCUAUCUGCUGCAGUACAUCGACAAGCAGUCGCUGUCCUAUGCCGCGGUGUUCGACCUGUUCACGUCAACAAACACAAAUCAGACGCAGUAUUCCUGGCUGAUCUCGAUCUUCUACUUUGGAUACCUGGUGGCAGAAUGGCCGGCAUCUUACAUUGCGCAGCGAUUUCCGACUGGAAAGGUGGUGUCAAUCAGUAUCAUCGCGUGGGGCUCCAUUCUCAUGUUGAUGACAGCAUCUCACAACUUCGUUGGUCUGGCCAUAUGUCGAUUCUUACUGGGUUGCUUGAAGUCCAUGAUCACGCCGGUCUUUAUGAUGAUCGUGGGGCUAUGGUACCAACGAAAAGAGCAAAGUGUGAGGGCCGGAGCAUUCUACUGCUUCAACGGUGUCGGUGCCACAACUGGCGGAAUUCUGUUCUUGGCAGUCGGCCAGGCCAAAGGGUUCCCGAUUUGGCGUGCUAUCUUCCUCCUCGCCGGCGGAUGCACAGUCUGCUGGGGUUUUCUGCUGCUGUUCUUCCUGCCGGACAACAUCAUGACGGCCAAGCGGUUCUCUCCGCAGGAAAAGGCGAUGCUGAUCGCGAGGAGUCAACAGAACCAGGCUGGUGUCUUCAACCCCAAGAUCAAGAUGAGCCAGGUGAAAGAGGCUUUGACGGAUGCACAAGUCUGGCUGCUGUUCCUGUCCGUGCUGUUGAACGAGACUGUAAAUGGCGGGCUGGCGAACUUCUCCAAACUCAUCAUAAAAGGCCUGGCUGAUGGCGAUGCUCUCCUCACCACCGCCUACGGAAUACCGACUGGAUUGUGGCAGGUGUUCUUCGUAUUCUCAGGCCCGUGGCUUGCUGGCAAACUGAAGAACUGCCGGACAUACAUUAUGCCACUGUACUUGAUGCCCACUCUCCUCGCAGUGAUUCUGCUCUGGAAGCUGCCACACUCCGAACAGAACAACAAAGGCCUCUUGAUCUGCAACUACAUCGCCGGCUCGUUCGUAGCCUCGCUAGUCAUUGCCCUGCAGCUGCCAGCGAACAACGUUGGUGGUUACACAAAGCGUGUGGCGGCGACAGCAUUCGUCUUCCUGGCAUACUGCGCUGGCAAUAUCACCGGUCCUCACGCAUUCUUGAAGAAAGAGUCGCCGACAUAUUCGACUGGCUGUAUAGUCUCCCUGGCUUGCGUUGCUGGGCAGGUGGUGGUCUCCUUCUGUCUGAGGGCAUUGCUGAUGAGACGCAACAAGACGCGAGACGAGCUGUAUGGACCUCCUCAGGCAGUGACAGGCGAGAUCGAGGAUCGGACUGAUUUUGAGAACCCGAACUUCCGGUAUUCGUAUUGA